AUGAUUGUACUUCAGGUUUUACUGAUUUUUCAGGGUAUUCUUAAAGUUGAUUCCAGUAAAGAUGCGGAUGAGCCUUGCCCCGACGCCGACAUACAAGUGGAGUGCAUCGGACUGUGCAGAGCUGAAUACAAUCGCUGCCGUCUUCUUUGCGAAACGGAAUACUGUCAGUCGAUUUGCGACCGAGAAUAUCAAAACUGCCGUGACUAUUGUCCGUGUGGAGAGAAGUGCAAAGAGGGAUGUGUCAACUGCGAGCAUCCAAUGUGUCCGGAGAUUCCGUGUGACGAUCCCUGCGAGGGCAGAGAAAACUGCGAGACUUUCAUCGAUGACUGCGCAAUCAAUCCAUCUAGAGAAAACCUCAUCACCACUGUCAUUGCUUCAGUCAAUCACGUCACAUCCGUUGAUGUCCUCUGCACUCAUGUCGAAUCGAGCACCGGUAUGAACUUUGUUCACAUGACCAACAUGGCUAUGAGCGGAAACGCUGGGCAGCGAUUCUUCGCGCUUUAUCGCCAACCAGACUGUCAGUCGAUUUCGCUUAGUUUCGCCUAUCCAGAAAUAUGCAAGUUCUUUUCGCAAGCUGAUGAUUUUGAAUGCGUGCCUGGCGAGUGGAACACUUUUAAACUCGAGCAGCGACAAGACGAAAACGACCCAGCCCUUACCAACAUCGUCGUCAGCAUCGACGAUACUAUUGUCGCUGAACGAGUCGCUGCUACCCAUCGAGUCUUGAAAGGAGAUGAACUAAAUGUCUACGCUUCGAAUAAAUGGAACGACGCUGCUGUAGACUACUCAAUUCGAAAUUUCUUUUACCAAACCUUUGACGAGAUUAAUUACGAACCAUGUGUCGCUGUUGACCCAUGUGAAGGCAAAAACGACUGUACGACUUUUGUCGACUCUUGCGAGAUGCAACCAAGCUAUAAAAACCAAUGCGGUAGAGUGACUGCUGAGAUCAACAUCGUCGUCAGCGCCGAAGUCAAGUGCUCACACGACAUGGAACUCGGCGACUGGACAAACAUCCUCCAGUUGACGUCCUCGAAUCUCCAAGGGAACCCCGGACAGCGAUUUUUCAUGCUUCUCCGGCACAAAGACAAUCAACAGCUUCAACUCUCAGUCGAUGAUCCUUCCAACGACAAAUUGUGGUCUGGAAGUGGGUAUUUCGAUUGUGUUCCUGGAGAGUGGCAGACAUGGCGGUACGAGCGAACGCAGAAUUCAGAAAACCCAAUUAUGACUGAUCUCUCAGUUUCUCUCGAUGGCGUCACUGUUUUCUCGAACUCUGUUCGAACUGAUAAUGUCUAUGCAAAUGACGACCUCGAUGUCUACUUGUCCAACAGAUGGCACAUUGCUGGAUCAGCAUACGCCGUCCGAAACUUCUAUUAUCAGACUUCUCCUAAGAUUCACACUGUAACUGAUCAAGAUCAAAAUCAACAAACCAAAAUCUAG